CUCCUGGCUCCUGCAGCGGCGGUGUGCAGACAGGACUUCACCUCAUCUCCCGGCGACACGAGGCGCGCGCACGGCAAGGAAGGUGCAGUCGUAGAGCCGCCAGCAGACAUGAGGGGCCGGGGCCCGCUCGUCUUCGCUCUGGGAGUGGCCAUCCUAGUGCACACAUGCGCUUCAACGGAGCCAAAGGUGGCCGAAUCUGAGGCUCCGGUGCACAGCCUCUCGGAGAUGGUGCGCCAGCUGCAGCUGCGCGCCACCAGUGCCACCGAGUUCCGCCGCCGCCUGCCGCUCGUCAUCACGCAGAUGGCGGGCGCCGCCGGCUACGAGGAGGCCUCGCAGGAGCUGUCCCUGGAGGAGCUGGACGCCAUCUUCCUGCCCCGGCAGCAGCGCAAGAGGCUGGCGACCGGUGGUGGCCAGGCGCUGCCCGAGUACCAGGGCGUGCAAGGCCGGCCCGGCGUGGACUUCCCCGUGCUGCCCAGCAUCCCCCGGACCAGCUUCAGCUGCAAGCAGGUCAAGAGCUCCGGCUACUAUGCGGACCCUGACACCGACUGCCAGGUGUUCCACAUCUGCGCGGACGGACGCAAGAUCUCGUUCCUGUGCCCGAACGGCACCAUCUUCAGGCAGUCGCACCUGAUCUGCGACUGGUGGUGGACCGUGGACUGCGCCGCCUCGCGCGAGCUGUACGACACCAGCGCCGAGCAGCUGGCCAACGACCAGAGGCUGUACCGCGCGCGGGCUGAUGCCCUGGCGCAGUCGCGGGCCCGACAGCAGGUGGGGCGCAAGCCCGGGGUGAUCAGGGAGCGAGAGCGCAGCACGGCCAGGCCGCGCCAGCUCGCCUACACCAGCAUCGGCCGGCCUUCCUCCGGCCAGCCGUACACGCAGCCGCCCAGUCAGGCACCACCGGAAGACUUCAGCAAGAACUACUACAGCAGCCAGAACUACCAGACGGCGAGGCCGCAGCAGCCAUCAACACAAACACCCCCACCGUCACCCAGUCAGGCACCACCAGGAGGUACCAAGGAGGACUUCCAGCUAGACUUCAGCAAGAACUACUACAGCAGCCAGAACUACCAGACGGCGAGGCCGCAGCAGCCAUCAACACAAUCACCCCCACCGUCGCCCAGUCAGGCACCACCAAGAGGUAGUAAAGAGAACUUGCAGCUAGACUUCAGCAAGAACUACUACAACAGCCAGAACUACCAGACGGCGAGGCCGCAGCAGCCAUCAACACAAACACCCCCACCGUCGCCCAGUCAGGCACCACCAAGAGGUAGUAAAGAGAACUUGCAGCUAGACUUCAGCAAGAACUACAACAGCCAGAACUAUCAGACGGCGAGGCCGCUACAGCCAUCGACACAACCUCCCCCACCAUCGCUCAGUCAGGCACCACCAGGAGGUACCAAGGAGGACUUCCAGCUAGACUUCAGCAAGAACUACUACAGCAGCCAGAACUACCAGACGGCAAGGCCGCAGCAGCCGUCCACUCAGAACCAGCUGUCGCCGUUCCGAUCCGCCGUCGGGAUCCGCGAAGAGUUCCAGCAGGCGAGGGGCGAGGCGCCGCGGAACGAACAGGCCAGCUUCCCGGGCAGCAGGCAGCCCAAACAGUUAGGGCCGAACCGACUUUCAUUUAGGAAAAGCGUUCUCGGGGCGCAAACGUCACAACAGACGACGAGUAGGCCUCCAUUCUCAUCGAUCAACAUUCCUUCACAGCAACCGUCGAAUCGACCCCAGCAGCAGUCUGUAAGCAUAUCUUCGCAGAAUGACCCCUUUCUUCAAUUAUCAGGAAAACCAUUAAGUAAUAUACCACAUAUAAAUACUUCAUCCGCAAAAAGUACUCUGUCAGUGCAAAGCAAUCAACAAUUUAUCAACAGAAAUAACCAACAACGGUCAUUUUCCGAUCAAACAGAUAGGUCAGUACAGUCUGGUAGAAACUUUCAAUUCAACUCACCAACUCAGCUCCCUUCAAUUGAGAUUACAUCAUUAGAUAACAAAGUUGGCACAGCCGGACAAACAGUUGAGCUCGAAAACUUCCAGGAAUCUGCAAAAAUACCUAAGUUGCCUCAGAGUCAGAAACAAAGAGUUGGUGGAAAGAGUAGGAGCUACAGCCAUUACACUCUCUUUUAUGAUUCAGAAGGGGAGAGACAGCAGCCUGCUGAAACAGGUUCGUUUGUUGGUAACAGGGGAAACCAGUUCGUUUCGCCAAACAAACAGCAGUCACUACCACAGUUCAAGGAUGUAGACAGUUUCAAAACAGAGGAAAAAAUUAAAUUUCUUGAAGAUGUAGCGAAGAUAUCAGCUGUCAAUAAUGAAAAUAAAACUUCUGUUGAGGACUUUGAAUUUCAAAGAAAGAAAUCUCCUAAACAAAUUUUAGAUGUGCCACUAUCCAGGAGAGUCACACCGCUAGAGGUGCAAGUUGUAAGAAAUGAUGAUGCUAGUAAAUCUUUGAAAGGAAUACAAGUUCCUCAAAUACAAUUACAGCCUCCAGAAGAGCUAGUUAACUUCAAUCCAAGUAGUGGCAAUGAAGACAUUCCUGAUGAAAGGAAAGAACAGAUAAACAUUUUACAGGAAAGUGCAACAGCCAUAAAUAAACCUCAACUCAACCUAGGGGAUCAAACUACGAAUAAAAAAUCUAGUAUGGGAGAAGUGCAAAUUGAUGAUGGAAAAGAUUACGGUUCUUCAGAAAUUGUAGUGGAAGAAACCACAUUCCACAGUGAUUUCAGUACAACAAAAAAUUAUAGUGAAAGCAAUUUAGAGUUUCAAACACCUCCUACAGAUGAAAUCCAAGAAAAUUUUCAACUUCUCGAACAGCCAUCUCUCUUUGAAGUUACCAACUCAUCAGUUACUACAGAUAUGCCUGUUGACAUCACAGCUGGAGCUAAUGAUUCCACACAUGGUCUAGAAAAUCGGACCCAAGAUUAUUUUUCAAGCACCGAAAAUAUUGAAAAUCCAAUUAUUUCAGAGAGUGAAGACAUAUCUCAUUCUAGAAAUAACAACUUAACUGAUACAUCGGAGGUGAUAACAGUAAUUCGAGAAAAAUCUACACCAAUUGUUGGACGUAUGUCAAGAAGGAGAAAACUUACACCAUCUGAAAAUAUGAGAUUUCCAGAAAACAUCGUUUUAUCUUCACCAUCGUCAGAAUCAUCAAUGCAAAGAACUAACAGGAAGAAAAUUGAAACUGAAAUACCUAUUAGAAUUUUAAAAUCUGGGAUUAAUCAGUCAAAUUCUAAUAAAACAUCUGAGCAUAAUUCUCGAACAGUUAGAGUACGUACACGAACUUCGUCUCAAUAUAAAACAUCCACUGAAAAGUCAAUAUUCUCUAGCAGAUCAUCCCGAUACCGAAUACCUUCACUUAGAAUAAUAGAAGUUACAAUUAGAUCAUCAUCAACACCAUCACCUUAUAGGUUUACACUACCUAUUUCCGAAUCUAGUCAAGAGUAUAGAGAUAAAGAAUCAGUUGACACCAACGGAAGUAUAUUUUCUCUUAACUCAGGCACUUCCACAAAAAAUAAAGAUGAAGAUAUAAUUACCAUAGGUUCGCCUGCAAGGCAAUCCAGUAGGUCAGGAAGGUUUAGAGCAUUUAAAACUGAAGAAAAUUUGCAAAGUGAUAUGUUAAUAAAAUCAAAUACAAACACCAAUACAAGUAAUAGAGAUUCAAGAAGGAAAGGUAGACUGCGAAUCACAUCUGAAUCAAGCACUGUUAUUCCUCCUUUAUUGCCCUCAGAAAAAUUGUCAAAUGACUCACUUAGUGAAAAUGAUGACGAUAAUUUAGGUUUAGAAGAAACAUCAUCUCCCAUAUUAGGAUCAGAUGAGGUCACAAUUAAACCAGUGACUAUAGAAGAGAUUGCUAGUACUCAACUACCAAUGAAAAAUUUUUCUCUAGAUAUUUUUGAAACUACAACAGUGCUUACCUUAACUGCAGACAGAAGAAAAUCUGGUACAUCUAAAAUAAUGAUGGGAAGGCCAAGAGGUACCAACAAUGAUAAGUUAAAUACAUUUGAAAUUACAAACUCUGAACAAAAUUCUUCUCGUGGCUUAGCUAUAGCAUUGUCUCAAAGGGUAGAACCAAUUAGGGCUCAACUAAAUACGUUUAUGGAAAAACAUAAUUUUUCGUUAAGUGAAAACAAACCACAAAAUAACAAAACAUUUCAAAACAGUUACAAAGAAGAAUCAAAUGAAAGAUCCGAAACAUUGAACAAUGACCAUAAGAAAAAGAAAGUCAAAGAAGGUAUAGAAAACUUCACUCUAGACCCAUACAUUUCUGUUUCGUUUUCUUCUAAUGAUACUGAAAAACACUCGCCAGUACUAGUUUCUCCUCUAACAUUUGAUGAAGAUAAAAAUCCUACUGUUAAUGAUACAUUACACUAUAAUAAAUUUGGUGUAGCUGAAUAUGAUGGAGAAAAUGUAAGAAGGAAAGUAUAUGUUAAUCUCAAUAGAUCUGUGUCACCCAAACCUAAUAAUUAUGUAAAUGCUACAGGACGCUUUAGUUUUAUAGAGCAAAAUUUUUCCCAACCCAUUACUUUACAAGAAAACACAACUGAAUAUGCAGAAAAACAAAAACGACCAAAUGUUUCGCUUAUAAGCUCUCUUCCAAUUCGUUCUAGUAAUGGUGAAGUAAUGGAGGGAAGAAAAUCUAUAAAAUAUAGUGAAAUACAGUCACAAAGAGAAAAUAUUUCGAGGAUAGAUUCAAGGAGACGUUACAAACCCUCAACUACGACUGAAAAACCUUCUAGAACAACAAAGAAAUCAGUUACAAAUGACUCUUUUGCACAGGUUACACGAUCUUUAUACACAAAAUUAACAAGGGAGCUCUUACCACCUAUGGAAGAUCAGACUCAAUAUAAUACAUCAUUGACAGAAGAGUUACUUGACAUAGGUAAUUCAAAUAAGGAUCCAACGAUUGUCAAUAACUCAUCAGCUACUGAAAACAUAAUUGAUAAUGUAGAUAAGUUUGAAAAUAGCAGAGAAGGACUUGAUAUACCACCAUCUUUAGGUCCCAAAGCAUUGCAUUCCCUUUCUGUUUAUUUUGCAACAAAUAGCAACAAGACUAUAGAAAAUAAUGACACAGCUGUAGUAAAUGAAACAAAUACUUUAAAGGAAGUUACAAUUAAUGAUGAAACAGAAUCUUUUGUUUCUGCAACACUUCCACCACUGCUUACACAGCUUACAAAGGAUUCUUAUUCCAGACUUUUUGUAGGAUCCAAGAAAACUUCUACACUACAACACACGAGCAUGCCUCAAAACUCUUUUGAUACCAUGACAAUUUCUUCCAGUACUACAGAGAAGACACAAAAAAGAUCAAGAGGAAAAUCUCGCAGUCAAGAAAGAGGUAACAGAGCAAGAAAAAUUGAUACAGCAAUUCGGGAACUACAAGAAGAUUAUGGUGAAAAGUUAAGUCAACUUGAAAACAUAAAUGAACAGAGUGAGUUAUCAACAAAUUUCUCAUCGAAUGAUUUCUAUGAAAGUGACCUGAUCCGAAACAAAACUCCAGAUUUACGUGCACUCGCCCAAGUGUUCAGUCGGGCUUUGUCAGCCUAUCUAGAUGAUCCAGAAGAAUUUAGAAAAGCUCUUUCUGAAGUUCGGCCCACAGAACCGAGUUCAGUAAUAUCUGGAGAAGAAUCAUACACUACUACACUUUCUAACAAAUUUGAAGUAUCUACUGCUACCACUAUGAUCAGUGAAUUUCCUUCUGCCACAAAAGAAAAGGACGAAGUAUUGGACUUCUCAGAUGUCACGAAGCACCCAAUGAUUAAAAGACCUCCAUCUAAAGUUGUAAAUAGAGGACAACAUCGUGCAUCAGAUAUUUUAAACACAGAAUCAAGUUCUUACUCAUUAUUCAAUGGAUCGAGAAAACUGAAUGAGUCAACUGUCAUUAGCAAUUUACAAAUGAACCGAAAUUUAAGUAGAGCUAUUAAAGAAAAUUUUGCUUAUAAUGUAACCGAAGAAAUAUUAAAUGAAAAUACUCGCAUGUCCAAUAAAUUACGAACUAAAAUAUCUUCUAAUAACAAGGUUCAAACUACUGAUUGGCUACACUCUACCCCAGGUCCAUCGACGAUAGCCCAAGAGGUAAACAAUCUAUUUGAUGUGAGUGAUGAUACAACCAAUUACACUGUUAGUUCACUAAUUACAAAUGAGAAUGAUACAUACUUCAUGCCAACAGCUGGAGGUGUUAAUGAUGGCAGCCGUCCUCGUUAUGGUGGCUUUCAAAAUAAUUUACAGGUUACAUCAGAAAGACCCGAUAGUAAGGUCUCAAGAGGCAAUAGGCGGAAAUCAAAAACAGCUGUGUCUACUGGGGAAAUAGUUAACCCAACAACAUUUUCUCCAUUAAAUAAAUACAUCAAAAAGGCUGAUACAUUGUCAACAGAUCUCACUCCACCGGAAGAUGGGGAUAUACCCUGGUCUGAAGAAGUAAAGAAAGAGGAAAUAAUUGAUGAUGUAUUAGGAGUAUUCAUUUCAGAAGACUUAAAUCGUUUAGUAGAAAAUGAUGCUACUGCACCAUCUGCAAUCGAUAGUGAAAACUCAGAUAAAGAAUUUAGUCAACACAAUACACCUGAAACUGAGAACAGUGGUGGUCGAAAAUCAUCUGACACUAUAGUUUCAAGCCUUGAUGUUGAAAAAGCAAACCUUUCUGCAAGUGCUAGUGAAAAAGACUUUUUGGCCACUAAAGUAGACGAUUUACAGAACACUUACGGAAAAGAAUCACAGAAUGCCUCAUACAGAAUCAAAAAUAACUACACAGAUUCCGAUACUAGAAAAGUAAUUAAUGAAGAUGGUAAUAAAAUGAGCAUUUCUAGUGCUAAGACUCGGGUUAGAAAACCAUCUAGGGAAAAUGGUAUUUAUUCAAAAAAUGUGACCUUAGAACAUUUGACAUCUGAUGAUAUAAUUAAUUCAGAAGAAAUACCACAAUCGGAUACAAAACCCUCAGUAAUAUACUCUGAUGACAUUGAAACCACUCCAGAUGAUAUUAUUUUAAGAAGUGGAAAAACAAAAUCUCAAAAUAACAAUAGAUAUGACAGGCAAAAAUCAAGAGUAAACAAAACAAAUACAGCACCAGAAGAAUCAAACAUUCAAACACCAACAGCUUUCUUAAAUAAAACAGAAAACAACAAAGAAGACACUACAUUGAACUCAAAAGAUUCGGUAGUAACAUAUGAAUUAAAUAUUUCAUCUUCAACUCCUAUUCCUACCUCAGGAUACACAUCUUUCUCAAAUGUAGAAAUAACAUCAAAAUCAAUGGUUAGAGUGACACCAAAUUCAAAUAGACGACAGUCAAGAAAGUUUAAAUCGACAACAUUAAGUACUAUUUCAAAAAACGACAAAAACAAUAGAAAUCUAACUCGUGAUCGUGCAGAGGUAGAUGUAAACAAUGAAAGUCGAGAAAGCGCAUAUGCUACUGGCGCUGUUUCUGUGGUCACUCCUACAACAGUUACUGAAAUGAACACUGUCACACAACCAGCUCUAAGGUCGAUUUCAUAUCAGAAUGUAGAUCGAGGAGAAUCUUUCAAGAAUACGUCGAUUCCUCCUGCCGAUGCCGAAAGGACAGGCAGGAGGAUCGAGAUGGCCACAGGCACUAGAAGUGCUGCCACCGAGGUGCGUGACAUGAUGGCGAAGUUCUCCGAGGUGAUGGAGACUCCCGAACAGGCGCAGGCGAUGCAGCAUCUGCGACGAAUGCUCUCGGGCUCCAAGAGCUUGCCCAAUCAGGAGACGGGGGGCAUGCCGGAGCUGAACGUGACGAGCGCCACGGCGCUGCUCAACGUCAUGAAGACGGCGACUACCAACUCGACCGUGAGGAGGCUGGUGCUGCUGCUGGUGAACGACAGCCUGAAGGACAACUCCAUACAGGAGGCCCAGCUCCGCUUCAUAGACGCUGUGCUGCGGCUGCCCGACGGAGUGCAAGAGCAGGCCCCGGUCAGGAGACCGGUCCCCGCCAGACGCAGACCUCCCUCGCCGGCGGCGCGCGCGGCCAAGUCCCGAAGAGGCAGGAAGUACUCCACCACGACCACCGAGGACCCCUCGACGCAGUCGUCGACGGAAGACGUCGUCGAGCAGACCACGGCGUCCAGCUCCGAGUCGCCGGACGAAUACGACUCCAGCUCCGACGAGAAAUACGAGAUCGACGACAGAGCCGUCAGCUUACUACGUUCCUUGUUCAAUUUGGCCUCCAGGAAGGCCGAGUGCAGCGCCGCGCGGAGAAAGGAGUCGCUACUCCCGAGGGCGCGCUACUCCGCGGGCUCCUCCGGUGCUCCGUGCUCCUUGGACGGGGAGAAGACACGCUGCGAAGAGUUGGGACAACCGCCGCGAGACAGCAUCACACCCGCGGCCCUGUCCAGUGAUAUCUACUGGGAGCGCACAGAUCUAACAAGUGAUGUCUACUGGGAGCGCACAGAUCUAACAAGUGAUGUCUACUGGGAGCGCACAGAUCUAACAAGUGAUGGCAGAGGCCGACUGAUCACGGCAGGCGCGCCGCAUGUCUGCCACUCUCCCGGAACCAGUGGCUUGAACAAGAGGCUGCUGGCCGCAAACAACCGCACGACACUCGUGGCGGGCGGCGUCAUGUACCCCAAGUGGCGGACCACCGUAGGAAUCGGCAAGACCCAGAACAUGACGGACGCCUAUAUUUGGAUGUGGUUAUGGAGCCUCGUUGCAAUGUGCACGGUAUGUUUGAUCGUGUCAGUUGUUAAUAGGGAGAGACUGUACACAACUGAGUCCGUGCGAGCGGAUCCGAGGAAGCUGGAGAGACUCAGGCUCCGCAUGGGCGCCGAGCUGGGCGUGACGGCGACGGCCCAUGCGUGGCUCUGGUACCACCGGGGCAGCGGCUGGGGCCGGCGGUGUCCCAGUGUCUGCGCCGGCAGCGACGUGGCGGUCGCCGUCCAGGCGCUCGACUCUGCGCCGGCCUGCAGAUCCGUGUUGCUUCAGGGCGCCGCGCUUGUCUGCACACGCAUGGCCGCAGACCAAGCCGGCGACACGCUCUCGCUGGAGCACAGUGAUCCUUGUCCGGACCCGCAGGUGGUGUGCCGGUGCUGA